AUGUCACGAAUCUGCCGAUGGAGGUACACACCGGGAUGCGAAAAUGCCACCUCUGGGAGCAUAGCCCCAUCGGACACCUGUCUGGAUGAUUUCACCUGUACCUGUGUAAAACUUGGCAACUGCUUGAGUGCCUGUGCUCUGGAGGAGUGCUUCAACGGUUGUCAACCUUGGUCUCAUUGGAGUGUCACUUGUGCCUUCGUAUUCCACGGCAAUCCGGUGCAUCGCAAUCGGUCUAGGAUCUGCAAGUGUGAACUUCAAGAUAGCACCUACCCUCAGAUAAAUAUCAACAGCACCUGUUGGCAGUACUCAACGUGCGAGACGAAAUGGGAGCUCUAUCGCUUCCUCCUCUUCCUCUUCACCUGUGUGGUCGUGAUUAAAUUGGCGGUAGUGGUAGGUACGGGCCUCGUAGCCUUCUUCGCUCCAUCUCCAGCUGAACAGCAUGUGCCCGGCUUUAAUCUGCACCCCGUCGACACGACCAUUGGACUGGCCGAGGAUGUCUCGAUCGCAGAAGACGAGGAAAGGUUAAAGGAGACAGUGGAGAGGGGAGGAAACGAGGAAGGAAGAGAAAUGGGAAUAAAAGUUGAAGUGUGA